AUGGCUCGCCUCAAUCCUGCCGCCAUAACAACUGCUCCCAGCCAGGAGCCAUUCACGCUUCAGCCACUGAUUAGGCAGAUGCUCAGCACUCGCCGCUGCAUAUCAGGCUCCAUCUUCAUUGUCGAGGGCAUCGAUGUGAUUCCAGUGCCGGCUGCGACGCCCGAAGACGAUGACUCUCACGCUGUCAGAUUGGUGCUGGGGGACGGCGAGCUGUGCAUCCAGGCCCUGCUGCACCCCGACAUGUUUGACCUAGUGGAAAAGAAAGAUGUAUUUGUCGGAUGCUGCGUGAGAGUGGGGGACUUUGUUAUGCGGUUCGAGGAGCCUGAGGCCGAUGGGCAGAAUCUCUUUGACCAAGGGGAGGAGGAAGACGAGGAGGAAGACGAGAGGGAAAAGAGAGAGAAGGAUGACGAAAAGGGCAUGGUGUAUCUGAUUGUCAACGAGCUGGAGACGGCUGGAUGGAACGAGUCAUAUAUGGCAAUGUGGCGUCGGCAUGAAAAGGGCAAAGGCGCCGCAGAUGCUGAGGAUGCUGGGGAUGCUCAACAGCCAGCCGUGGUCACAGGCAAGGUGAGCACAGACGAGCAACUCGCACGAGAGAGCCAGGGGACGGCAUCGGAAGAGGCACAGACGACGACGCCAAAGGCAUCCAGGCCAAGACGAGGCGUUGUCCGAUUCGCAGACCCGCAAGCCUCGCCCUCAGUCCAGACUCCCACCAAGGCCAGAUUCCAAGACAAAGGCAAGGCCCAGACCCCGAGACCCCUGGACGACGACGACGAGGACGACGACGAGGACGACCUGGAGAACGCGUUCGAGGCCUUUGAAGCCCGCACAUUUCCAGCGCGGAAAACGACGCCCAAGAAGCCGGCUGCAUCCAGCAACGCAAGGGAGACGACGACGGCAGCGGCAGCGGCCAGCGAAAAGUCGCAACAGCAACAGCAGCAGCAGCAGCAGCCAAUUGCCUUGGCCAAGGACUGGCACGACCGCCAGGCGCCCCUCAAGCUCACGACGCUGCGGCUGAUCCCGCAUCUCCCCUACGCGCAGAACUGGUCGGUCAACGUGCUGGCGAUUGUCGCCUCGCUGUCGCCCGUGGAGCCGUCGCACCUGGCGCCGGGCAGGCAGCGCACGGCACGCAUCGCCGACCCGUCGACGGCCAAGCAGGUGCACCUGACGGUGUUUCUGGACCCGGACGGGUUCACGCCGCGGGUGGGCAGCGCCGUGCUGCUGGUGGGCGUCAAGAACCACCGGUUCGACGGGGGCAGCCUCAAGAAGGACAGGCGGUGGUGGUUUGAGGACCCGUGGGACAUGUCGUGGCUGGACGUGGCAGGGAUCAAGAGCUGGUGGCAGGGCGUGGAGGAGUAUUACCGGACGGGUGGUUGA